CUCAGCGAGAAAAACAAAACGCGAAAAGCAGCUCGAGAAAUAGAUGACUGCUUUGGAAGGACAGCAAAAUCGGAGACAGGAAAGCUGCGUUCUUUGUUAAAUGUAGAAUAACAAUCGAAAACAUUCUCUACAGAUACGAAGAAUAUGGACAAUAGUAAGCGGAAUGUUGUUGUAACAGGGUUUGAGCCAUUUGGAGCGCACACCAUUAAUGCCAGUUGGGUAGCAGUCCAGGAACUGAAAAAGCUGGGCUUGGGAAAGGACGUAGACCUGCAUGUGUAUGAGGUGCCUGUCGAGUACCAGGCAGUCCAGAGUUUGGUUCCGUCAUUAUGGAAGCAGUAUCAUCCCCAGUUAGUGGUCCAUGUUGGAGUCUCGGGUAUGGCCACCACCGUUACCUUGGAGAAAUGUGGCCGUAACCAUGGCUACAAGGGUCUGGACAACAGCCGUUUCUGUCCCCAUUCUCAGUGUUGCAUUGAGGGGGGUCCUGACUGCAUUGACUCUGUUAUUGACAUGGAAUCGGUCUGCAAGAGAGUGACAGCCUCUGGCCUAGGUGUAGCAGUGUCCGUCUCAAAAGAUGCUGGCAGAUACCUCUGUGACUUCACCUACUACACCUCUCUGUACCUGAGCCAUGGGCGCUCAGCGUUCGUCCACGUGCCUCCCAUAGCAAAGCCUUAUAGUGGAGAGGACUUGGGUAGAGCCCUUCAAGCCAUCAUACAAGAGAUGCUGGACAUGCUAGACAGAGCCGGAGAGAAGAUCCACUGCCAGCACGUGCACUAAGUGACAUGUUAGACCGAGCCGAAGAGAAGAUCCACUGCCAGCAUGUGCACUAAGUGACCUGCGAAAGCCAACUGCCUUUACCCCUUACACACAGGAGAUAUUAUGCAGUUAACCACAAAUAGCCCAAUAACGGUUUUGUUUUAUUACCUCUUCUGGUGCAAAUUAGGAAAUGGCAACGAAACAGACACUUCCAGUUGACUUAUUCCACAGAAAUGUUUUCACGUUCUUCGUUGAUGUUGCCUCAAGCACUUUACCUGGCCCAGCAGUUUUUUUAUCUUAGUAGUUAUGGAUAGAGGUGAGGUGAGUAGAGUUGAUCCAGGUAUAGUGUUUAGGUGUAACUUGAGCUUUCUCCACAUCCUGUCUAGAUAGCAAGAGUUGCUUCCGUGUUCUGGGGAAUUGAACUGGAAUUACAGGAAUUGACAGAAGGGAGCCAGCCACCUGCUUGUGUUAAGAGUGCUAAUCUUUUUUAAUCUGUUUUCAUGGUUUCAUGGUUUUGGCUCUUUAUCCAUACUUUCACUGUAAUAUCAGAAACAGUGUAUAGAAAAGCCCUUUUCUACAUCAACUCACUGUACAAGUUCCACAUUAUUUAUUGGGGUCUUUCCUUUUUCCUUUUAGUUAUUUUAUGGGGAAUUUCUGCCUUUGGUUGUUAAUCAUCAUCUUGAAGAGUUGUUUUUCUUACCAGACUUUUCAUUGAAGUCUGAGGCAUCCACUUGUUGGUACUACUUAAGUCAUGCUAGUACUUCCUGGAUUUAUGUAUAUUAUGAAAUGGUGCUUUCAUAAGGUGUUUAGCUGGAUUUAUAUGUUCUGAAUGUACCUGAAACAUUUUCUGUAAAGCAUUAUUUAAAGAGAAAUUCACAUUGUUUUUGCAUAUUUCCCCCGUUCGUUAUCUGAACAUCUUUGUUUGUCGUUUUUUGUUAAAAAAAUUAUGAUAAUAAUUUCAGAUAGUUGAUAACU